AUGCUCCUCUGCAGCAGCUGCCGCUCCCUCCUGCGGCGCACCCCACGCCUCAGCCAACACUCCAUAUCAACAUCCGCGAAGCCCUCACCUGCCGAUAUCCUCUCCAGGCCAACCUGGUCCGUGAGAUCUCUCCGCAAACCCUCACCGGCAGCUCAGUCGUCCGCCUCUCCGACGGACAGGAUAACAAGCUCCCAGCUCCACCACCUGCUGCGCCUGGCCGCGCUUCCCCUCCCGCAAACCCCCUCCGAGGAAAGCACCAUGAUAUCCACGCUCCAGGACCAACUGCACUUUGUGCGGGCCGUCCAGCGGGUCGACACGACUGGCGUGGAGCCCCUCCGUGCGAUUCGAGACGAAACGGAGGAAGCUAGGCGCGAGAACACAAUAUCGCUGGCGGACUUGCAGGGCGUCUUGGAUGCGGAGGAGCACACGGGGCAUUAUAAGCGUGCCAAGAGGGUGCGGGAACGAAUUGUCGAUGAGGGGAGCGAGAAGUGGGAUGUUUUGGGGACGGCGGGGAGGAGGGCUGGCAAGUAUUUUGUCGUUGAGAGCAAGAAGGCGUGA